GUGACAUGGUGGCAUGGCACGGGGCAGGGUGUCACAGGGCCCUUUGUGACACGUGAGGCCAUAGUAGUGGUGGUGAGGUGGCAACGCCUCAGUGCUCCUCGGAGCGUGCGACGGGACGGACGGGACAGAGCGGUGCUGUGCGGAGCCCCCGUGCAGCCAACUCGUUCCUUUCCUACCGAAGCGUUUUGGUGGCUUUUCUGUUUUUCAGGUGCCCUCGAGGUCAGACCGCAGGACUUGGUGACCCGGAGCUUCGGCGAGGAGUCUCCAGGCCCUGCGGCAGGUGCCCUCGAGGCCAUUCUCUGGGGCUUCGUGCCCCGGAGCUUUUCCCUGGUGUCUCCAAUCCCUGCAGCAGGUGCCCUCGAGGCCUGACUGUAGGAUGGCGGAGAGACGCUUCCGUGUGACCAGGCUGCUGAGGAGGAAGAAAAAGAAGGAAGACCCUGGGCCUGCCCCAGCACAGCAGCCUGAGGAGGUGGAGCAGUUCCAGCCCCUGCAGGAAGAUCCAGGACGGGACCGGACACAGGAGCAGGACCGUGCCCGUGGCCGCUUCCGCAGGGCAGCACAGGCCUUCCUGAAAUUCAUGGGUGUUCGGCGUGAACAGUACAGAAUCACACCAGCCGAGGUCACGGCACAGCCUGACCCCACGCCGAGUGAGCUCAAGGCGCACCCUGAAGUCGGCACCGCGUCGAGUGACGGCACAGCAAACUGUGACACCGCGGUGACCGAUGAUGGGACAAACUCCAACACCGCCCUGCCUGAGCUCACCAUGGAGGCUGACUGUGCAAUGACUGAGGGCAUCGCAGACACUGAGAGCACACCCGUUCAGUGCCUGCCCGAUGCUCUCAGUGUGGAGGUCCUUGACGAAGGAGUUAUCUCUGUGGAAGUAGCCAUGGAGGCAGACGGAGGCAUGGAGCAGAGACCCCCCAGGGUGCCGAAGCUGGCGUGGGUGAAGAAGGAGGAGGAAAGCCCUGGAAUACCCCCGGCACAGCACCCUGAGGAGGUGGAGCAGUUCCAGCCCCUGCAGGAAGAUCCAGGACAGGAACGGACACAGGAGCAGGACCGUGCUCGUGGCCGCUUCCACAGAGCUGAUCAGGUACCUGCAGCCACGGCCUCCUGGGCUGGGCCUGCUGUCCCUGCUCAGCCUGGCACCGCUGUCAGAGCUCACCAUG